AAUCUCUGUCGUCAGGUGUGGACCUUGGUCCCUCAUGUAAGAACCUAAGAGCCUGUGUUCCUGUGUGAUUGCUGUCAGUCCGGAUAGGUUUCAGACGGAAGUGAGAUAAGGAGACGACCUCGCUCCUUGAGAGUCUCACCAAGAUGGCGGCGCUGGGGCUCGUCCUUCAUCUGGGGCUCCUGGCCUGGAAUGUGUUCGCCGUGUAUCAGAGUCUGCUGGUGUCCAGUUCCUAUCCGUUACUUGGACACAGUAGUUAUGGAGGCAGGUGGAAGUUCCUGACCUUCCUGAACCAGGUUAUUCAGACUGCAUUCUUCGGUGUCUGCCUCCUGUGCGAUCUUCUCCAGAUCUGCCUUUCUAAUAGGAGCCGGUUCUGCUCCGUCCUGACACGGCUGAAGGACUGCUUCUUUGCUGCACUGGCAUUCCCACUUGGCGCGUUUGUCUUUACAUCAUUCUGGAGUAUUUACGCCUACGAUAGGGAGCUGGUGUACCCCAAAGAACUGGACCAAGUCUUUGCACAAUGGCUUAACCAUGCCAUGCACACACUUAUCUUUCCAGUUAUCCUCGUCGAGCUCUUUGCUUGUCCACACCAAUACCCGAGCAAGAAAAGUGGCCUGGCUGUCCUAGCGGUGUUUGGCAUUUCGUAUCUGUCAUGGGUGCACUGGGUGCAUUAUGCAGCAAACAUCUGGGCAUAUCCCAUCCUGGCCAAGCUGGAUGCAGUAGGAAUGCUGGUGUUUUUUGCAUCAUCGUUCCUAAUUGUAUUCACUUUCUACCUCCUGGGAGAGUGGCUGACACGACUGCGCUGGGGCUCUGGACGUCCCGCUAGAAAGAAGAAAAAGAAAAGCAACUAAAGUCAAGAAUUCGGAACCAACGAUUAUUUUUAGCUUUUAAAAAAAAAAAUAUAUAUAUAUAUAUAUAUAUAUAUAUAUAUAUAUAUAUAUAUAUAUAUAUAUAUAUAUAUAAAAAAAUUUAUUUUAUUUUUAACAAGAACAAUCCUUCCUCUACUGGAGGAAGGUACGACUGCAACCUCACAACUUUGGCAAGGAUACUUUCACACUAGAGUUAUUUUCUGGUAUUGAAAUCCAGUAAAGGGUCUCCAUACCGGAAAAAAACAUCAGUUUUGACCUAAUCCCUUCUGAAGGGAAAGCAAUCCGUUAGUAUGCGUCAGGAUGUCUUCCGUACCGUCCUUUGUACGGUAUUUUUAAUUUUUUUCCUGGCCCAAAUCCUGGAACAAUACUGCAUUUGUCGGAUCUGGUAUUAAUGCGGAUUCGGUACCAAGUGUUCCGGAAACUGCUGCGUCUCCGGAUCCGUUUUUUCCGGUGUGCGCAUGUGCCGGGCUUUUGAUCUUUGAAAAUUUUUCAACGUUGGCUCUGUUACGGUGAUAUACCGGAGCUAUCUCAUCCGGAUCUGUCUAUUUGUACAUGACUUGCUGAAUCCAGCAGGCAGUUCCGUUGCCGGAACCAUCUGCCAGAUUCUAAUAACACUAGUCUGAAAGUACCCUAAUGCUGAUUGCUUCAGGUCCCCAUUCUGCGGUUCUAACCCAGCUGAACAGAGCUCUCUGGCUCCACCUAGUGGUCCCGUUCUACCUAACAUCAAAGCUGGUAUCCUUAACAGUGCCAGUUCCCUGUACUGCAGCAAGGGUUUGAGGUAAAUGUCAACCUGAACACAUCUACCCCUACCUGCCAUCCAUAUUUAAAUUGACAAAAAUGCUGUGAAACCGUAAUGUUGGCAAUUUUUUUUAACUUUUAUUUACUUUAUUUUUUAUUUUAUUUUUUAAAUCAUCCAAUCAUGUUUACAUACUGAGGACAUGGCUUUACUCAGCGGGAGUGUUGUUCAAGCUGGUCCUAGUUCCUGCCUUAAUCUGUAGCUUUACAGCAGCCUAUGCACUAACAGUUCUGGGUAAUGGCUGGCUGCAUGGCUAUGAGACUGAAGAUUUAGCAUUUUUCUUUUUUUACUUUGUGUAUCAAAGGGACUGUGGGCUGUACAGUGUUUUUUUUAUUUUUAGACUUGCUUUUAACGAUCCUACUAUGGCCAGCGUGUCGUAUUUCCAUGCGGAGUGUUGUGCGUCUGUCACAAUUGCACACUGACUUGUGAAAGCAGCGUCCCCUAGAGCCAUGGACAGGAAGAACCCAGGAAAACCACUUAGACUAACUUUUACCAACCACUUGAAGUUUAUUCAGCACCACUUUGGGCAGCUUGUGCGUUUUUUAUUUGCUUUCCUCUUCUGGGAAGUAGAUUGAGCUGCUCUUUGUGGUGUGAGGCUAUAACUGUGCUCUGUGCAAACUGGAGGUCUCCUUUUUCAAGUUAUUUUAUUGAAGCCCUUACAGAGAAGCUGCAGCUGCAUCCCCCUCUUCCCUUCCUCUUACAUCUUGUAGUCACUCUUUAACCUUUUCUUGGAUUUACAUUGACUGUGGACAUAGACCGAGAGAUUGGAGGGUGCAGGACUGUGCACUAAUAGGAUAUAUCACAAAGUUUCAUGUAAUCACAUGUACUACUGAAUUAUGGGGGGGGGAUCACAGGUUCUCAAAAGUGGUAAUUUACUAAAUACAGCAGCACCUUCUCCACAUCAGAACAGAGUUUUAUCUGUUUUCUCAGUUGCAUCAUGUGUUAGAAACUGAUUUAAAAUGGCUUAACAGUCAACAUAAAGCACAUGUUCAUCUGGAAAUACCUUUCAUUUCAAUGUACACCUAAAAUCAAUCCCAUGAAGUGGAUACAUCUCAAUACCAUGUAGUUCAGAGCCUGAGUUACAACCUGUAUUCUAAUCCAGAGCUGAAUUCAUUAUUCUGCACGUGGCGGCACUGUGUACAGACAUUCCAUUACUUAUCCUGCAUUGAUCCUGAGUUACAACCUGUGUUCCAGAGCUGCACUCACUAUUCUGCGGGCCUCAGACCUGAAAUUCCCGAACUGUGUCUGCAUUCAGUGCACUGCAAUCUGAACUAUUAUUACAGUACAGUACACGGAUGACUGCAUUAUAGGUGCUCUGAUGAGCGUUCUACCAGUUUCAAACAGUGGAAUUGUGAAUUCUGCUCUGGAGCACAAUGCAGGUUGUAAGUACAGUACAUUUACUUAUGUGCUGAUCCUGUUAUUCAAAGGUGAGCAUACACUUCUGAUUGUGAGUAGGCUACUGAAUGCUGCUACUUCAUUGGAUGAUUUCUGUUUACAGAACACUUUUAUAGACGCCUGUAUGUCAUAUAAAAGCAUGAAGGAAGCUACUCGAUACUAUCUAGCACAACACUGUUAAUACUGCAGGAUUAUCAUGAUGGGGGGAUUGGUUUGGGUCAUGUAGGCUACACAUUAUCACUGGAUCAUACUUGAGAUUGCUAUUGGGGUGGACAGGCUUUGCUGGUUAGACUGUUACCAAGUAUUGUGGGUUGAUCACUGGUACAUUGAGGAAUGGGGGUGUCUUUUAAUAUUGUUUCAUUCAGCCUGUGGUAUAUGAAUAAAAUCUUAAUUUACUUGG